UUAAUUUUAGAGAACUGUCACCGUGAGUCAUCACAGGCUGCACUGCUGUAAACAACUCAGAGAGUUUACAGCUUGUCAAACUUAACUGCUGUGGGAACUUGUAUUAACUGUACUGUGCAGGCUAAGUUUUGACUUUCAGAUCUACUGUGAGGGUUCAUGUGAAAAAGGACAAACUGGAAUAAGUAAUCAAUCCCAUAACAAGGAGAAAGAAUACUGGUCAGAGUAAAAGUGCCAUCAUGGGUCCAGAAAUUAUUAUAUUUGACAUGACCAUCAUUAGAGGAUUCUGGCAGAUACGGGAAAGAAAACAGAAAGUACGUCAGAGGAAGGAAGAUGAGCGAGAGAAAAAAAGUGCACUGACAAAGCUAAAGAAAGAAUGGACAGAUAUGGUUGAGGGCAAACUGAGGGCUAUCCGAAGGGCAAAUCAAAAAGAGAGUGCUAUGAAAAGCAAUGUGACCAAUGAAGUGAAUGCAGACCUCAGCAUUAUUCAAAGUUCACAAAAUACAUCCUUGCAGUCUGAAAAUGUGAUGCAUGAAAAGCCUUACCUGCCCUCCAAAACAACAGAAAAACAUUUAAUUUUUGAAUUGUAUGGAGAAAAUUGGGUGGAACUUCCAGAUUCAUUAAAAGAAAUGACAUAUCUCAAAGAAUGGCACAUAAACAAAACAAAGAUUCAGAGAAUUCCUUCAUUUAUUGAACUGUUUCAGAAUCUCAGGAUACUAGAAAUGACACAAAACUUGAUCAUAGAACUUCCUCUAGAAAUAGGUAAGCUGACUCAGCUGAAAGAGAUGAAUCUUAGUUUUAACAAACUUGCAGCCAUACCUCCAGAACUGGGUGAAUGUGUAAACUUGAAAAGAUUGGACUUAGCUGGAAAUGAGGAACUUUCAGAGUUGCCCUUUGAGCUGAGUAACCUGAAAAAAGUUGAAUUCCUAGAUAUCUCUGGGAACAAGUUCUGUAGCAUUCCAGUAUGUGUUCUUCGAAUGCCUCAACUGAAGUGGCUGGAUGUAAGCAGCAACAGCCUUAAAGAUUUGCCUGAAGAUAUUGACAGGUUAGAGGCACUACAGUCACUUUUCCUACAGAAAAAUUGUUUGACUUACCUUCCAAUGUCCUUGACAAAGUUAUCCAAACUAACCAUGCUGAUUGUCAGUGGGGACCAUCUCAGAGAAGUACCCAGCAAGAUUUGUUAUUCCUCCAAAAUAAAAUUCAUUACCAUAAAAGACAAUACUACAGAUGGAAUGCUGGAUACCGUGUCAAAUGAAUUCUGGGAAGAUGAGCAGGAUCGAAAGUGCUUUGAAAAGGAAUUCAUGACUGCCUACUUUGAAGAUCUGCACAAAAGAGCAACUGCUCCUUCAUCCACAACAAGAGUUUCACUAAGUUUGCAGCUAUAAUGUUGAGAUCUGUCUAGGUCAACCACCGAAGAUAAUGAAGAAGGCACGGGGACAUCUGGCUGAUAGCUCCACAUAAUUAUAUGGAGGAAGUGGGCUUUGUAAUCUGACACAUGCAAGCCAUGGUGCUUGCAUUCUGUAAUGGCUAUGUGAAUUUACUUCUACAGCUGAAGUAUCAGAAAGAGUCACACAUUUUUCCUGCAAUGUAGACAUAUGCUUUAUUUAGUUAUCUGUGGUGGUGGAUAAACAAAGAAAGACAUUAAAAGCCUUCUGAUUUAACCACCUGUAAGCUGUUUCCAGAAGCAGAUUUCAAACACUAGAUCUGUAGCUAUGGAAACAAAACCAUACAUCUAUGAUUGAUUUCUAGGAUAAUUCCAUGCGAAGUCUGUUUUAAGAAUCUAAUAUUUGCACUUUUUCGCUUAGGCUAAAACUUGUGUGUUUUGUUUACUAUAAUAUUUCUGAACUAAAAUUUUGAAUUAUUGAAAUGCUAAAGUUUUUUUCAAGCAUUUUAGGAAGCUGAUGUUAAACUGUUAAAUCUUCAUGAAAAUUUUAUUCUGAAUCAACUCUUCAUUUUUGCUACUGAACCUUGUUCAGGCCUUGAAUAAGCACAUAAUAUAUAAAAUAUUGCAGUGCAUAUUUACAUUCAGGAAGGAGUACCAAGGUUGCCUUGUGCCAGCGAAUUAAAUGUAAUACCUCUCAGCAUUAUUUUUGGAUGCUUCCUUCUCUGUGGGCUUCUACAAGCAACCUAGAAGUAGAAUUCAACAGCCCUAAUGUUUGAUUUGAUACUUGAAUGACAGUAUUAAUUUAAUCCAAACAGCAUGACAAAUGCAUAAGUGGUAUUGA